UCCGAGGUACUUUAUAAACGUGCACAACUCGAACACAGAUAGUCACGCGCGGCGCAGUUCUUCCGCGGCGGGCGGGCUGGUGGGCAGGUGCGACACGGACACGCGCACCCUCGCACGACGCGGGAGAGAGGAGCUCGAGAGAGGAGAGUGGCGGAAUAGCGGCCGUCCCAACACCUUGACGCGUGCGGACGAAAUCAAAGAGAGAGAGAGAGAGAAAGAGGCGCGCGCGCGUGCGUGCGUGCGUGCGCGCGCACACCUUGAAAUCUCCCUCCUCGCGGGACGUGGUGAGGACGCCCCUGCCAUGGCCGUGGGGUGGAUGCGGCGAGCGAGGCAGCGCGUCACGGUGCUUGCCCUGCUCGUGCUGCUCGUGGCGCUGCUGGUGCUCGUGAGCUGCCCGGCGCCGGCGCGCGGCUGCGGCCCGGGCCGGGGCUACGGCAGCCGGCGGAGGCUGCCGCGCAAGCUGACCCCGCUCGCCUACAAGCAGUUUGUGCCCAACGUGGCCGAGAAGACCCUGGGAGCCAGCGGUCGCUACGAGGGGAAGAUCGCGCGCGGCUCCGAGAGGUUCAAGGACCUGACGCCCAACUACAACCCCGACAUCAUCUUCAAGGACGAGGAGAACACGGGCGCGGACCGCCUCAUGACGCAGCGCUGCAAGGACCGGCUGAACGCGCUCGCCAUCUCCGUGAUGAACCAGUGGCCCGGUGUGAAGCUGCGCGUCACCGAGGGCUGGGACGAGGACGGCCACCACUCGGAGGAGUCUCUGCACUUCGAGGGGCGCGCGCUCGACAUCACCACGUCGGACCGCGACCGCGCCAAGUACGGCAUGCUGGCACGCCUGGCGGCCGAGGCGGGCUUUGACUGGGUCUACUACGAGUCCAAGGCGCACGUGCAUUGCUCCGUCAAAGCCGAGAACUCUGUGGCCGCCAAGUCAGGCGGCUGCUUCCCGGGCGAGGCGAACGUCUGGCUGGAGGGCGGCGUCGCCGCUCCACUGCGAGACGUGCAGCCAGGCCAGCGUGUGCUCAGCGCCGACGGCUCGGGCGCGCUGCUCUACAGCCCCAUACUGCUCUUCCUCGACCGCCAGCCACGCGUCCGCCAGCUCUACUACGUCAUCGAGACCGGGGAAAACCCUCGCCGCCGCCUCAAGCUCACGCCGGCGCACCUCUUGUUCGUCGCACCCAACGACACGGACUUUUCCCGCGGCGACGGAGUCGACGCUAUUUUCGCGAGCAGCGUGCGCCCGGGCCACUUCGUGUUCGUGCGUGAAACGGCGGCGAUGCCGGGGGGCCACCCGGGGCGCAUGCGGCCGGAGCGCGUCGCUGCCGUCUACACGGAGGAGGCGCUCGGGGCAUACGCGCCGCUCGUGUCGAGCGGCACGGUGCUCGUGGACGACGUGCUCGCAUCCUGCUACGCCGCCAUCAGCUCGCACGAGCUGGCCCACGCGGCCCUGGGGCCUGUGCGUCUCCUGCAUGGCCUGGCGGCGGGGCUGGGCCCGGGCCGGCCCGCCAACGGCACGUGCAGCAGCGGCGAGCCGGCAGACGAGCGCUCGUCGGAGGAGGAGGGCGUCCAUUGGUUCUCGCGUCUGCUGUACCGCGUCGGCUCGCUCGUACUGGACAAAGCCAUGUUCCAUCCACUGGGGAUGCCUGACUGAGACUCGGGUGGGUGGGGGGCGGGUUGAGGGUGGAGGAAGAAGAUGUGGGGUGGGGGGGGGCUGUGAAGGAACGGUGAGCGUCGCAGCAACGGACUCGCUUCGUGAUAAUAAUAAUAGUCAAAGUCAAGUCAGAGCAUCAUCUCCCUGCGAGUGUGGGGCAACACUAAAAUCUGCUGGCUCCCCUGAGCCGGUAGUGGAAAUUCUGUAUUCCCAUAGCACAACCACUGUUGAAUUUCCACAAAGUGGUAGUCAUUGUAUCGACUCCGGAGGGAUGAUGGUGAUGAUAAUGGGCCAAGUCGACCCCCCCCCCCCCCCCAACCAGGAUUUGAACUCGCAAAUGUCCAAUUGCGCGUCUUGGCGCUCUAACCACAAGAGCCACUUGACUGGAUUCUCAUAACAACUUCCAUAAAUAACAACACCACACGUGGGCCAGAGUUUAUGUGCGGAGAUGCGUAGAGUGAUUUUGUUUGUCCGUUUGUUUGCUAGGUGGUAUUUAUUUGUGUAGCGUAUUUACAAGUUAACACGGAUUGCCGUCGUCACGAGAACUGGUCUGCUGGUAUAUUUAUUCGAUGCUGGGGCAGAAAAUCCCCCCUGCUCCAUUUUUAGCAGCCAGGCAGGUCUGUGAUGGCAUGUGGAGAUGUGUCUAUUUUUAUAUGUGGAAAUUACGCAUAAACUAAUUCCUAUAAACAUUGCAA